AUGCCGUUCGGUCUGAAAAAUGCCGGAGCUACUUACCAGCGAGCUAUGACAGCUGUGUUUCAUGACAUGAUGGGGAAGGAAGUAGAAGACUAUGUAGAUGACCUUGUGGUGAAAUCCAAGUCCAGGGAAGGCCAUUGGGAGAUCUUGAGGAAGGUGCUGGAAAGGUGUCGACUAUAUGGUCUGAAGAUGAAUCCCAAGAAAUGUGCGUUUGGUGUUUCAUCUGGCAAAUUCUUGGGAUUUCAGGUACACCAACGUGGCAUCAAUGUUGACCCGGAAAAGACCAAAGUCAUAAGUUCCCUCAGGCCACCGAAGAAUCAAAAAGAAUUGAAGAGCUUCAUGGGAAGGUUGUCAUACAUCCGACGCUUCAUUCCUGGUCUAGCAGCUGUGACAGGCAUUUUCACUCCUUUACUAAAGAAAGGCAAGCAGUUUGUGUGGAGCAAAGAAUGUCAAGACGCAUACAGACAAGUGCAACAACUGAUCGUUAAGCUGUCAACCAUGAAGGCGCCUACCCCAGGACUUCCACUUAAGCUCUAUUUGGCAUCAACAAACAGUGCUGUAGGUACUUUGCUUGCUCAAGAUAACAAUGACGGAGAAGAAAGCCCAAUUUAUUAUGUGAGCAGACAAUUAAGAGGAGCAGAGACGCGCUACCCAAAGACUGAGCGACUAUGCCUUGCUCUCGUUUAUGCCGCACAACGAUUACGCCAUUAUUUCCUUGCUCACAAGCUGCAGCUUAUGGUGAAGUCUGACCCAGUAAGGUAUUUACUUACCAGACCUGCUUUAUCUGGUCGAUUGGCACGCUGGCUAUUACAAUUGUCUGAGUUUGACAUCACAUGUAUAACUCCCUCGGCUAUCAAGGGGCAAGCUGUGAUCGAUAUGUUGGCUUUGUUUCCUGAAAUCGAAGAAACCACUCUUUCCAAAAAAGUUCCUGGAGAGCUGCCGGAAGUGGCUGGAGCUGCUAUAGAAGAAGAGGAACCUUGGACUAUGUACUUUGAUGGAUCUUCUACAAGUAAUGGAGGAGGAGCAGGGGUGGUGCUCAUUGAUCCUGAAGGACAAACUACAGCUCUUUCCUUCAAACUCAACUUCCCAUGCACAAACAAUGUGGCAGAGUAUGAAGCUUUCAUCACAGGCUUAUCCAUAGCUAAAGAAAUGGGUGUAAAAAGAAUCAAGAUGAUUGGGGAUUCAAAUUUGGUACUAAGCCAGUUGCAAGGUGACUUCGCAGUGAAGGAGAUGACCUUGGCCCCAUAUCGAACAACCGCUGAAAAACUAAUGGGUGCCUUUGAGCAAAUUGCGCUGGAACAUAUCCCUGGAAUCACUAAUAGGUAUGCCAAUGCCUUAGCCACGCUCGGAUCAAAGCUGUCUUUCACCAAGGAACAACCUAAUAUCGCAGUAAUAAGAAAAGACAUGCCCACGGUCGAAGCGAUGUCUCUAGAAGAGGUGCCGGAAGAAGGUGAUUGGAGGACUUGUAUCCAGGAAGAACUGGUCUCACUGAGAAAGGAAGGCAGCAUCAAGAAAUUGAAAGAAUAUGUCGUCAUCUUAGGAGAACUAUACAGACGUCUCCCUAGUGGCAUCUUAGCCCGGUGCAUAGGAAAGACUGAAGCACAAAAGCGACUGUUGGAAGUGCACGACAUCUCUUGUGGUUUAGACCCAAUAAUUAGCUUGUACCGUCGCCUACAGCGCAAAGGCUAUUACUGGCCAGAAAUGAAGAAACAAGCCAGUGAAGUUCAAGCCAGCUGCCCAAAAUGUUCCACAAUGCCCUCAGUGGAUGAGGCAUUCACAAUCUCAUUUGCAGAAGAUUGGAGGGCUCCAUAUCUAGCGUUUUUCAUCGAUGGGUCAAUACCAACCAAUACCAAGGACGCUGGCAAGCUAAAGAGAACAGCAAAGCGGUAUUUCAUAGAUGGAUCAAUUUUGUACCGCAAAGGAUUUAAUGGAGAGCUACUAAAGUGCCUAGGAGAACCAGAAGCACAAGAAGUUAUGCAAGAAAUACACGCCGGAGAAUGUGGAGAACACCAAGGGAGGAAAAGACUUUACCGGCAGCUUCUUAGCUCAGGAUACUAUUGGCCUACGAUGAAGAACGAUGCACACAAUCUGGUAAAGAAGUGUCACACAUGCCAAAUCCAUGCCAAUCUAAGCCACAAGCCUCCCACGCUAUUGCAAGAUAUGCGCACCCCUUGGCCCUUCCAUACUUGGGGGCUUGAUUUGAUUGGGACUAUCCACCCACCUUCCGACGGUUACAUAUGGAUCAUCACUGCCACAGAAUACUUCACAAAAUGGGUUGAGGCGAUUCCCCUUCGAAAAGCCACGGGAGCUGCAAUUUCAAACUUCAUCAGGGAACACAUUGUAUGCAGGUUCGGAAUCCCCUACAAGAUCGUCACAGACAAUGGCACUCCUUUUGUCAACAAACAGGUGAACUCAACACUUACUGGUUAUGGUAUCAAGCAUCGACGCUCCACGCCGUAUUACCCGCAAGGAAAUGGUCAAGCUGAAGCCACCAACAAGACUCUUCUGAGAAUUCUAAGCAAGAUGGUGUACGAGUAUGAAGGAGGCUGGAGCCUGCAUCUGCCUGAUGCACUAUGGGCUUAUCGCACCUCUCCGAGGAUCACCACAGGCUUCUCUCCUUACUCGCUUGUGUACGGAUCUGAUGCAAUCUCACCGGUUGAAAUCGCUGUACCCACUGCUAGAGUCUUAGCUGUUAACGACCUAGAGUGGGAUGCAGAAUCAUGCUCGAACUGGCGUUGGAUGGAUCUGGAAGCUUUAGAGGAAAAAAGAGCAGUAGCUGAGAAGAAAAUGGCAUUUUACCACAAGACAGUUGCUCAAGCCUACAACAGAACAGUCAAAUCACAAAGCUUCAAGCAGGGAGAUCUGGUACUCAGGGUCUCUGAACACGUGAGAAGACAAGUAUCUGGACCUUCUAAGUUUGCACCACAAUGGGAGGGGCCUUUCUUGAUCAAAGAAGCUUACAACAGUGGCUACUAUUGCUUGGUUUCAGUCAAAGAAGGUACCCUAACCGAUCCCAUCAACGGAAAGUGGCUUAAGCCAUACUACUGUUAG